GGGCGGUCGCUCUCCGUUAAUCGCCGCUGGCAGCGCCGGGCGGGGAUAAAAACCGGCCCCGCAAGAGCCCCCAGCCCCCCCCCGUCCUCCUCUCCUUCCUUUCCGGGCGAUGCGCGGUGCGGCGGCGGGCGUGGCGAAGUGAGGAACCGGCGCCUUCUCCGUCUUCAUCCUCUUCCUCCCCCUCCUCCCCGCGACCAUGGGCGACUGCGGAGCCGCCGGGGACGUGAACUCCAACGUGCUGGUGGCCUGCAGCACCGGGGACGCGCAGCUGGACAAGGCGGUGUGGCAGUGGCUGAGCUGGGACAAGAACCAGAAGACGAAGGAGCAGAUUGAGAACCUGCUGCAGAAUGGGAAGCACAAGGAGCUGCGGGACCGCUUGUGCUGCCGGCUGACCUUCGGCACGGCCGGCCUGCGCUCGGCCAUGGGAGCAGGCUUCUGCUACAUCAACGACCUCACAGUCAUCCAGUCCACUCAGGGGAUCUACAAGUAUCUUGAGAGGAACUUUUCAGACUUUAAACAGAGAGGCUUUGUUGUUGGAUAUGACACACGAGGUCAGGUCACCAGCAACUGCAGCAGUAAGAAGCUUGCAAAGCUCACUGCAGCAGUCCUGCUGGCAAAAGAUGUACUUGUGUACUUCUUCUCCACCUAUGUCCCUACCCCCUUUGUGCCCUACGCCGUGCAGCAGCUCGGGGCUGUGGCUGGGGUGAUGAUCACAGCGUCCCACAACCGCAAGGAGGACAAUGGCUACAAGGUUUAUUGGGAAAAUGGAGCACAGAUCACCUCUCCUCAUGAUAAGGAAAUUAUAAAAUGUAUAGAAGAGUGUGUUGAACCAUGGAAUGGCUCCUGGAAUGAAAAUCUGGUAGAUACCAGUCCCCUCAGACAAGAUCCUCUGAAGAAAAUUUGUGACAGCUACAUGGAGGAUCUGACAAAGAUCUGCUAUCAUAGGGAGCUUAACGUGCAGAGCAGUUUGAAGUUUGUCCAUACCUCUUUCCAUGGAGUUGGACAUGACUAUGUGCAGUUGGCCUUCAAAGCCUUUGGAUUUCAGCCCCCCAUUCCAGUACCGGAACAAAAAGAUCCAGAUCCAGACUUCUCUACUGUCAAAUGCCCAAAUCCUGAAGAAGGAGAAUCUGUGCUGGAGCUGUCACUGAGGCUUGCAGAGAAAGAAGAUGCAAAAGUAGUAGUGGCCACUGAUCCAGAUGCAGAUCGACUGGCAGUGGCAGAACAGCAAGAAAAUGGCUGCUGGAAGGUGUUCACGGGCAAUGAGCUGGCAGCCUUGUUUGGCUGGUGGAUGUUUUCCCGCUGGAAGGAGAACUGCUCCCCAGAUGCUGAUGUGAGGAAUGUUUACAUGCUGGCAACCACAGUCUCCUCCAAGAUUUUGAGGGCAAUUGCACUUAAAGAGGGAUUUCACUUUGAGGAAACACUCCCUGGUUUUAAAUGGAUUGGAAGCAGAGUAAAAAAUCUCCUGGAUAAUGGAAAAGAAGUUCUCUUUGCAUUUGAGGAGUCUAUUGGCUUCAUGUGUGGCACAUCAGUGCUGGAUAAGGAUGGAGUGAGUGCAGCUGUGGUCACUGCUGAAAUGGCAACUUACCUGCAGGGCCAGAGCCUGACCCUGGCACAGAAACUGCUUGACAUUUAUGAAAUGUAUGGAUAUCACAUAUCCAAGACUUCCUAUUUCCUGUGCUAUGAUCCCCCCACAAUCAAAAGGAUAUUUGAGAGACUCCGGAACUUCAAUGGCCCUCAGUCUUACCCCAAGUGCUGUGGGGUUUACAACAUCUUGCACGUCCGGGACGUCACCACUGGCUACGACAGCAGCCAGCUGAACAAGAAGUCGGUGCUGCCAGUGAGCAAGAGCAGCCAGAUGAUCACGUUCACCUUCCAGAACGGCUGCGUGGCCACGCUGCGCACGAGCGGCACCGAGCCCAAGAUCAAGUACUACGCCGAGAUGUGCGCGCUGCCUGGGCACAGUGACAGAAGUGUGCUGGAGGAAGAGCUCCAGAAGCUGAUUGAGGCUUUGAUUGAGAAUUUCCUGGAGCCUGCCAAGAACGGGCUGACCUGGCGCUCUGCAUAGAGCUCCCAGGAGAAACCCACGGAACAAAGGACCCCGGAGCAGAACCAGUCUCAUCUUUGUGUGUGUGUGUGUGUUUUUAACAGCUGCAUUCUUUUUCUGAAAAGGAGAAGCAUUCUUUUGUCAGGCUUUUCACCAAAUUGGGAUAAGGACAGGAGGUCAGAGGAAAGGGUAGAAUUUAUUGUUGCAGUUUUCAGUCCUUUUGACCAAAAGUUUAAUUAACCACACCAAUGCAAAUGAACUGCCCUAGUACCUUUGAGGCAGCUGAGCUUAGCUGCUAGAUUUUGUCUUAAACUGAGUUCAGGUACCUAGAACACCUCUUUUUUGUGCGUGAAAAGGUUUUCAAAGUUUUAAAGGAGUAAUCACUCCAAACUGACAACAAAGGUUGCUUCUUCCCCUCAGCUCUGAGACCUUCCAUACCGGUCUGCACUUCCAAAAGCAUUGAAUCAGAGCUCAGCAUUUCUUGUUUAGGCAAAUUGUUGACAUUUCUCAGCUACUUAAGAAUUCUUUUGUUGGUGAAGGUGUUCUUGGGCUUUGUAGCUUUCCUGUGUGUGUCUUAAAAGAAUUGGCAGUGAAACAAUAGUGGCAACAGCUGCAGCUCGGGAUUGGAAUUGCCUGGUGCCUUUCCAGGGCUUCCAAAGAGCAUGAACUUGGUUAUUCCGUAGUAAAAUUGCCCCUUCUGACUACCAUAGGCUCUGUAGCUACUUUUUGUCCCACAUCUCUGAAGGGUCUUGGUUUUCUGUAUUCAUUACUUUGAAUGAAAUUGCUGGUCAGUGACUCUUUGGAUUUUGCUGGCCUGGAUUUAUAUUGUCUGUGUAUUAAAAAAAAAAACCCAAGGAAGAAAGUGGAGAUGAGAGAUGGACACAAUUACUAAAAUUUAAAAAUUUUUUUUGGUCAUGUCCUGUUGGGUGUUUUCUGUUAGAAUAGCAUGUUGCAAAUUCUUUUAUUCUUUAUCUUUAAGGGUAAUUUUUUAACAACUUCUCUCAUUUGUUUUCUCACUUUGUUCAAGUAGCAAGUAAGAUUGCUAAUCACAUUUUCAAAAAAAACCCAAACAACCAAAACCACCCAAACCAAUACUCAAGUUGUCCUUGUGGUUAUAUUUUGGGCAAUAAAGGCCGUGUUUGGCUCAGGAGAGCUGGUUCUGGAAGCUCCCUGCUGUCUAAAGAGAAGUAGCAGCAACUCAGUGCUGGGUUUUAUCUGUGUUGAAGAUGAUGGGAGAAGACCCCAAGGUGCUCUGGAGCUCAAGCUGUUGUCUUGCCACUAUUGCUGCCUCUCCAAAUUCAUCCUCCCUCUGAUGAUGCCCUUGCAGCUGGAUGCCAUAGGAUGGCACAGGGUAGGUUUGUGUGUGUUGCCUCUCCAUGGCUUCAGAGAGCCCUGAGGUUUGGGGGUUUCCUGCUGCCAGCAGCUUUGCACUAUAUCCAUGGAGAAGUAUUUCAGUGUCUAUGAAUGUACAUGUACUAGAGAAGGUCUGUGUUGCACAAAUUCUGACCUGUCACUGCUAUUUAUUUAUUUUUUUAUUUUAAGAGAAAGUGUCUCCAAAUUGUUCUGCCAUUGAGUGAAAUGUAUCUAAUGCCAAAAGCUUGGGUUUUUUUUACCUUGAUUGUACAUUUGACUGACAUGGUGGGGAAAACAGGUAAACCCAGUUACACUCAGAGGAUACUUUUGUUGUCUGUGCUGGGUAGGGCUGGGAAGGCAUUUCUGACUGCUGCUCCAGCUCUGGAUCCAAAAAGGGUGCAGAUCUAGAUCCCCAUAGCACUGAACUUGAAGGAGCUCUUGCCAUGCCUUCCAUUGGCAGCAGAUUAACUCUGAGGUGUUGAGGAUUUUGUUCUCCAAGCAGCAAAGAGAACAAGUGACUUGGGGCAUGAUUUUGAACAAGUACUGUAAAAAGCAUAGUGUGUGUGUGUGUGAUGAGCCCAGCUGGGUGCUACUGUAGCAGUCACGUCUUGUGAGUGGUGGUUGUGCUCCUACAAAGAGCAGCAAUCUGCAGCUUCCCAGAGAUCUGCUUUGUGUCAGUAGGCAAGUGCUAGAAAUGGAGAAAAUGUUUUCAAACAAGCGCUGUUAGAAGCUGGUACCUGUUCAUAGUCUAUCUUUAAUUAAAGAAGAAAACCCAGCUGUGGGGUGUUGUGUCUCUGGCAUUUUCCCGUGGAUAGGUUUGACAGUGAGCUGUAGCUGUAGAGAUGCUUUUGGGAGGACAACAGCAGGCACAACGUGUUGAAUGUACUUUCAGGGUAUAAUAACUAUUUGCUAUUUUGAAACUGCUGCUACUGUUGUUUUCCUACUGUAUUGGAGCUGUUUGAUAUAUUUAUACUGUUCCAUUUGUGGAACUCCUUUAUCUCCUCCCUCUGAUCUCGCAUCCCUUACUUCCCCUUACUUCUGUUACUGUGAAGGACUGGAAUUCUCGUUCCCUUGCCCCGUAACUUUGUUAUGCAUUGUGUUAGAGUUCACUUUGUGCACAACCUUCCUUGAGUUGUCAGCUGUUCUUUCCCACUUCUCAGAUAAGAACAAAGGCUUUUCUAACUUGAGUAGAAAGCAGAUCACAGAUCAAAGGAUGCUGUGGAUGUUGUUUCCAAGGUGCUUCCAGGUAAAACACCUUUUCAAAGGCUGGACAGGGGCUAAAGCUGUGGUCAUGCAGCCGGUAUGUUGUGUUUAGUGUUGGAUGAAAUCCGGAGGGCUUGGGUUUGUCUCUUGGCUGUGACAGGUUUAAUCUCUGUAGUGGUGUUUCUGUGGGCCUGGGACAGGAGCUUUCCAUGUUCAGGGCUUUGCCAGGCAAGGCUGAAUGUCUGUGAGGCAGAGCUUGUAGUUGGGUUUCUUACUGAGGUUGUGAUAGAGCCUGCAGGGUGUGGAUUAAAUAUUUGCAAGUGCUGUCCGUGUCUCUCUUCCAGGACCUCUGAGGGUGUAUGAGGGAACUGUAGACUCUGGUGUGGCAGAGGAGGAGGAGGGAAUGUGUGUAACAGGGAGAGCUGAGCUGCAGUUGUGGCCCAGAGGAGCAGCGUGGCCCCCACUUUGUGCUGGGCUGCUGAGCCAGCUCCGCUUCCCUUGCGUCUCCAGCAGGGUGUGAAUCUGUGGAGCUGGGGUUGCCUUGGGCUGCAGGAGAACUGGGAUCUCACCUGAGGAGCUCUGCUCAUUUCCCUCAUUUCAAAUAUCCAGCCCUUCCUUCUGAGGAGGGAGAUGACACCUGUGUUGUCUGUGGGGUGAGGAGGGCAAACCCUCUGGGGUUUCAGCUGGCUGGGUGAGCUGCUGCCUGGGCUCCCUGACCUGCCUCCCCAAGCUCUGGUGCUUGGUUUAGCUGCAUGUUGGCAUCCCUGGUGCUGCUCCUCCCUGGUUCAGCUGUGCUCAGGUAGCAUGGGGUGUGCCCUCCCUGCCAGGCUUCUGAGGUUAUUCCAGCUCCCAUUUCCCUGCAGGAAAUGCGUUUGUGUGACACCACGGUGGAAGCCAGGAGAGGAACGAUGGGUCCUGUCACUUGGGCAGGGUGGGAUGUGUGUGCUGUUUUAGGAAGCACCUGGAUGGUCUCUGGUUUUAAAGUUGAUACUGUUAGCACUUUGUUUUGUCUUCCCUCCCCCUCUCUGUCCUCUCCCCUGCCAAGGGGGGCUCCUUGCAUGGUGACACCUGGGGGGUGGUUACAGUCCAGCUCGAUUCCCUCUGCUCAAGAAUGGCUUUGUACAAGGUGAUUGAAGUGUCUCAAGUCGCAUGGUUCUCCUUGCCUGGAAUCUUGGGGAGUUCUGGAUCUGUGCUCCUGCUCACCUGAUGCCUGUUCUGUAAAAGUAGGGCGUAUUACAAAUUCAGAGUGAGAAUUUGCACUUUCCUGAAGAGUUUCUGUGUACUGCUAUGUGGAUUUAGCUGAAUGAAGUGUUAUAAGUAAUAAAAUAUUCCCUUCAUAGUCUCAA